AUGGCUCAACGUGUCACCUAUAGGAGAAGAAACCCUUACAACACUCGUGCCAACAAGAUCAGAGUCGUCAAGACUCCAGGCGGUGUGCUUCACUCUCAACACGUCAAAAAAUUGGUGAACAGACCAAAAUGUGGUGACUGUGGUAACGCUCUACCAGGUAUCAAAGCCGUUAGACCAAGAUCUUACGCAACUCUAUCAAAGACCAACAAGUCCGUUUCUCGUGUCUACGGUGGUUCUCGUUGCGCAAACUGUGUCAAGGAAAGAGUUGUCAGAGCUUUCUUGAUUGAAGAACAAAAGAUCGUUAAGAGAGUUGUCAAGGAACAAACUGAAAUCGCUAAGAGAGAAGCCGGUAAGUCUAAGUCUAAGAAGAACAACAAGAAGCGUUAA